ACAAAAAGCCCCACCAGCUGCUGCUCUCAUCCCAAGUCCAUUGUUGCGUGACUGUGAACAGGGACGUCCUCCGCUUCACAGUAGACCCAGUGGGCUGGAAGGUUUGUUCACCCUCUGCUGCAACCCUCUGAUCCGAACGCACGUCCAGGCAUUGGAGAAAUGGGCAACACGACAGGAAGCACCGUGGACGACCUGCAGGCGGUGGAAAUGCAUCUGUGGUACAAGAAGUUCAUGACAGAGUGUCCCUCGGGUCAGCUCACCCUGCACGAGUUUAAGCAGUUCUUUGGACUAAAAGGUUUGGACUCGGAGGCCAACGCCUACAUAGAGCAGAUGUUUCGCACGUUCGACAUGAACAAGGACGGCUACAUAGACUUCAUGGAGUAUGUGGCUGCCCUCAGCCUGGUGAUGCGAGGAAAGAUGGAGCACAAGCUCCGCUGGUAUUUUAAACUUUACGACGUGGACGGAAACGGCUGCAUUGACCGCCACGAGCUGCUCAACAUUAUAAAGGCCAUUCGAGCAAUCAAUGGGAAUGAGAGUCAGGAAUUAACAGCGGAGGACUUCACCAACCGCGUGUUUGACAGGAUUGAUAUAAACGGAGACGGUGAACUCUCCCUGGAGGAGUUUGUGGCCGGCGCUCGCAGCGAUGAGGACUUCAUGGAGGUGAUGAUAAAAAGUCUGGACCUCACCCACAUUAUGGCCAUGAUCCACAACAGGAGGCACAGCGUUUAGGACCCACCACCCCGUCCUCAUUCAGGGAUCGCCUCUGGUAAAAAGCUCAAUUAUAGACAAAAUUAAAUUCUCUUUAAUAAGACCCCAGUGCUUUGUAAAUGCUGACGUUUCUUAUUUUAAAUCUGCUAUUAAUGCUUUUGGAUGACUGGGCCAACAUUUCCACACUGGUCACUGUCAUGUUUUAAUGAUGCUGGCCGAUCCCAAGGUCGCCCUGGCGUGUGCGAUGGUCCUCAGAUGGACCUUUUAUUCCAAUACUGCGGGCUAUGAGAGUCAGAGAGUUGAGUAGAGCGGCCAUUAAAGGCACUCAGCUAUGCUUUUCCAGAUUCCCCCCCACCCUUUUGCAUCAGAUUGCUCAGAUCUGUGUUCGCCCAUUGUGGCCUGCAGGGUUUAUACGAGGAAGCCAUGAUCUGCAGCGUGCUUUAACACCCAGCAUAAUUUGAUUAAGUCAGUGGCUGUAAUAUAAAAGCAGCGGCAGAUUUAGUAGACUGAUUGUCAAACAUUUGCAUGUGAUUUAAAAGCAGAGCAACAGAAGAAUCCUGGCUUGUGUUUGCAGCAUUUUGAGGGUGGGUGGUUCUUGGCAAAAUUAUUAUUUAAUAUAAAUAGUGAAUCUAGAAAAAACACUUGUUUGUUGGCUAUGCUCGAUUGGUGCCUUCUGUUGGAAGACUGCAGAAUGUGUUUCUAUAUGUUUAUAUCUACAAUAAAAGAUUUAAAAUCG